UCAGUCGCAUAUUCGCAAACGAUCCAUCUGGAAGUGGGAAAGAGUUUCUGAACGUUUAUAGAAUAAUAAUUUUUAUCGGUGUUAAGUUUUACGUUGUUGAUUCAAUUUUAUAAUGGAAAUGCACGUUAUUCAGUUUAGAAAUUUGUGGAAUUUGCCUUACAGAUGCGAAUUGUGCGGAAGAACGUUUAAUACUGAAUCAGCGUUACAAGAACAUAUUAAUAGAGAACAUUCGGGCUUAAAUGACGGUGCUGGUUCUGGUGAACUACGUAAGUACGAAGACUAUUUGAAGGAUGACUCUUACAGAUGCGAAUGGUGCGGAGGAAAGUUUAAUACUCAAUCAGCGUUACAAGCACAUAUUAAUAGAGAACAUACGGACCGAAAUGAUGGUGCUGGUUCUGGUAAAUUAUGUAAGUACGAAGACUAUUUGAAGGAUGAUUCUUACAGAUGCGAAUGGUGCGGAGGAAAGUUUAAUACAGAAUCAGCGUUACAAGCACAUAUUAAUAGAGAACAUACGGACCGAAAUGACUGUUCUGGUGAAUCAUUUAAGUACGAAGAGUACGGAAUAACAUGCGGAGAACGUUAUAACGCAGAUCAGAACAUUGUUCUCUCUAGUUCCAUUUCCUGCAAAAUGUGUGCAAGAUUCACGAAAGUAAGAACAGAUCUCGAAAAAUCUAAAGAAUUAAAAUCAGGAAAAAAAAACUGAAGAAGAAUGCUUCAAAAUUUUGAAAAAAA